AUGCUCAGAUCAAGAAUUGGCUUGGCAAGUUCAAGAUGGUCGUUUGCCACGAGACUGGUCUCAUCCCAGGCUCCCAAAGUGGCCAACGUCUCAUCCCAGCAGUAUGCUAGCAUCUACAAGCGUUCCCAAGGUUCGUAUGAACCUUUGGAUACUUUCCAAAGACGCCAUUUGGGACCCAGCCCACAAAACUUGCAGGACAUGCUCAAAACCAUGGGCUAUAACGAUCUCGACACUUUUGUGUCGCAGCUGAUCCCGCCAAAAGUGCUGGAAAAACGGGCUCUGCAACUGGAGGCCCCAGCUAGCGGAUUCACAGAACAGCAGAUGCUCCAACAUCUGCAAAAAAUCGCAGACAAAAACCAACACCAUAUUAGAAACCUCAUAGGGAAGGGAUACUACGGCACAGUACUGCCGCCUGUGAUUCAGCGUAACCUGCUAGAGUGUCCAGAAUGGUACACUUCGUACACGCCUUACCAGCCAGAAAUUUCCCAAGGUCGUCUGGAAUCGUUACUUAACUUUCAAACUGCCGUUUCAGACCUCACCGGGCUGCCCGUAGCCAACGCCUCGUUGUUGGACGAAGGUACCGCCGCAGGUGAGUCCAUGUUGCUAGCAUUCACCGUCGCAAAACGUAAAAGGUCUAUUUUCAUCGUGGAUUCACGUGUGCAUCCACAAACCAAAGCCGUCUUGCAGUCUCGUGCUACGCCCUUUGGAAUUCAGCUGGUCGAAAUCGACGUCACUGACGUUGCGGGCUCCAAGACCGCUUUGAACGAUAAAAACGUUUUUGGAGGUCUCGUUCAGUACCCCGCUACCGACGGAUCCAUCAUACCUGGCCCCGUCUUGAAAUCUUUCGCGGACGUGCUACACGCCAACAAAUCUCUGCUGGUGGUCGCAUCUGACCUUAUGGCUCUAACGCUUCUGAAGCCACCUUCCGAAUUUGGCGCUGACGUGGUGUUCGGAUCCUCUCAGAGAUUUGGUGUUCCGCUAGGGUUCGGUGGACCGCACGCUGCUUUCCUUGCAGUUCCAGAGAAACUCAACCGUAAAAUUCCGGGCCGUAUUGUUGGUGUAUCAAAAGACCGUUUGGGCAAACCUGCCCUUCGGUUGGCCCUUCAGACCAGAGAACAACACAUCAAGCGUGACAAGGCCACUUCCAAUAUCUGUACUGCUCAGGCCCUCUUGGCCAACAUCGCAGCUAACUACUGCGUUUACCACGGUCCCGAAGGUCUCAAGGACAUUGCCCGUAGAAUUUAUGGGUUCACUACCGUUUUGGCAGACAAAAUCUCAGCGGAGUCCUCCCACACUUUGAUGAACGAUUCUUGGUUCGAUACCUUGACCGUGAAACUGGGUCAAGGGACAACGUCACAACAAUUUUUGCAAGAGGCCCUCGACAAACACGCCAUCAACCUAUUUGCUGUCAACGACACCACAGUUUCACUUUCUCUGGAUGAAUUGGUGAGCAAGCAAGAUUUGCUGAACCUGUGUGAAUUGUUUGGUGUUUCUGAUAAUCUUCCCGACUCUUUACCAGAAUUUCCAGGCGAACUUUUGCGUACCGACUCCAUCUUGUCUAACGAGGUUUUCAACCAGCAUCAUAGCGAAACCGCUAUGCUCAGAUACUUGCACCGCCUGCAGAGCCGCGAUUUGUCGCUCGCCAACUCAAUGAUCCCAUUAGGUUCGUGCACAAUGAAACUGAACUCGACAGUCGAAAUGAUGCCCGUGACGUGGCCCCAAUUCGCCAACAUGCAUCCUUUCCAGCCUACUGAGCAGGCUGAAGGCUACCGUGAGUUAAUCACAUCAUUGGAGUCUGAUUUGGCUGAUAUUACGGGUUUCGACGCGGUUUCCUUGCAACCUAACUCAGGUGCUCAAGGUGAAUACACGGGUCUUAGAGUUAUUAAGGCCUUUUUGGCGUCUAAGGGUCAAUCGCAUCGUAACAUCUGUUUGAUACCAGUGUCAGCUCACGGUACCAACCCUGCGUCUGCAGUGAUGUGCGGAAUGAGAGUGGUACCUGUCAAUUGUUUGCCGGAUGGAUCACUAGAUUUGCAAGACUUAGAGGCGAAGGCAACCAAGCAUGCUGAUGACCUCGCAGCUAUUAUGAUCACAUACCCUUCAACUUAUGGGUUGUUUGGUCCGGGCAUCAGAGAUGCUAUUGAACUAGUUCACAGUAAUGGCGGACAAGUUUAUCUGGACGGUGCCAACAUGAACGCUCAGGUGGGUUUGACGUCACCUGGUGAUCUGGGCGCCGACGUGUGUCAUUUGAAUUUGCACAAGACAUUUGCGAUUCCUCACGGUGGUGGUGGUCCUGGUGUGGGUCCAAUUUGCGUGAAAUCGCAUUUGGCACCAUAUCUGCCAGGCCAUAAUCUUAUGGAAAUGAUGACCGGUGCUUCCAAGGAACACCGCAUCAGCUCUGUUUCCAGUGCACCAUAUGGGAGCGCAUCAAUUUUGCCUAUUUCGUAUGCCUACAUCAAGAUGAUGGGGUCGCAAGGUCUGCCCUUUGCGUCCGUUGUUGCCAUGGUCAACGCCAACUACAUGAUGACCCGACUCAGCGCCCAUUACGACAUCAUGUUCGUGAACAACAAGUCUAAGACGAAGCACUGUGGCCACGAAUUCAUCAUUGAUCUUAGAAAUUAUAAGGCUCAGGGCGUUGAGGCCAUCGACGUGGCCAAACGUCUGCAAGACUACGGCUUCCACGCCCCCACCUUGGCGUUCCCGGUACCGGGAACGCUAAUGGUGGAGCCCACGGAGUCCGAGAACCUCGAGGAACUCGACCGGUUUGUGGAUGCCAUGAUCUCCAUCAAGCAUGAGAUCGAUCUCCACGUGACUGGCGAUCCACAAGGAAAUGUAUUGAAAAACGCUCCACAUUCCUUGGAGGACAUCAUUUCGAGUACCGACUGGGACACUCGAGGCUACAGUCGCGAGCUGGCCGCAUACCCCUUGCCUUACUUAAGAUACAACAAGUUCUGGCCUCCGGUGGCUCGUUUAGACGACACGUAUGGAGACUUGAACCUGAUGUGCACAUGCCCGUCCGUGGAAGAGACUGUUGCAAAGCAGGACUGA